AUGGUGUCGCAGAAGGUAGAAGAAAACACAUCAAAGGUAAACACUGUUUGUGUAUCAUCUGGUAAUGCAAGAGAUCAAAGAAAAUUGAAAUUCAAAAGUCAUGUCUGCUCGAAUACAUUGCAAAACUGUUGUAAUCGAACUGCUGAAGGUAAAUCAAGUAAUUUGCAACUUUGUUGCCCAUGCAACACAAAGAAGUUAAUUGAAAGGGAAGGUAAAACUAAAGGAAGGAUGAGAGUAAAUGCUAUGAAGAAAAAGUUACCGCCUCCAAAGAUUAUAUCGAAAGAAGAGUACGACAAAUUUCGAGAAAGUGGUCCUAUGACGAAAGCGGAACUAGAAGCAAUUUUUAAAGCAGAGGAAAAAGAACGGGAAAGACUUGUAAAAGAAAGCAUGGAGAGAAAAGAAGAAUUUCGUAGAAUAGACCAAGAGAGGCCUCGGGAAACAUGUGCGCAAUUGAUUGAAAUUGAAGAAGAAGCUAGAAAAAGAACAAAGUAUGUCCUUGAAAGAGCAGAGAACAUGAAACUUGAGCAGGAGGAAGAAAUUCAAAAAUGCAAUAGGAUCAUCCUGGAAACUAAGUGCCGGGCUAUACGAGAUGCACAGAUAGCAGAAAAAAAGCUGAUUGAGCACGAAUUUGAAGAAGAAGAAAAACGUCUCAACGAUAUGAUGGAAAAUGAAAGAAGGUGGGCGAUUAAGGAAGAAAUUAAGAAGGAACAAGAAGAAAUAGCAAAAAGACAAAAAUGUGCCGAUAGUUUAAUGGAACAAAUUAAAGAAAAUGAGGAAAACAGGAUAUUACAAUUCGAAAGAAAGCAAGAAGAAAGUCGCUUAAUUAAUUUAAGCAAUAUUGCUUGGCAACAAGAAGAAAUCACAAAAGUACAGAACAAAGAAUCUGAAAACGCACGGGUUCGGCAACAACUUGCUGAAGGAAAUGAGCAGUUAAAACAUUUCAAAGUUAUGGAAGAACAAGAAAAUAAAAUCAUGGACCUCAGGAUACAAGAGUACCAACGAUAUAAGGAGGAAAGGGAAGCAAAAUUGAAGGAAGAACGAAAAUUUAAAAAAUUACAACAAGAGCAGGCCAAAGAGAGAAUUGUAUCACAAACAUUGCAAACAACGGAUCUUCAAAAACGAAUUGAUGAGUUAAAUGCCGCACGAAUUCAGGAAGAAGUUGAACGACAAUGGAGACAAAAGGAAAAAGAAGAAGCUCUGAAAAAGGCUGAAGCUCAGAAGUCCCUUAUGGAAGAAAGAGAGAAACAAAUAAGUAGCAAACGACUAAUGCAAGCAAUUGAACUAGAACGAGAACGAUGUGAAUUUGAAAAAAUUGUACGUGUUCAAAAAGAAGCAUUUUGUCGAGAACAAAAAGAACUUGAGAAAAAACACCGACAAGCAUUACUUCAUAGAAGCGAAAUAUUGAAGCAGGUCAGUACACUAUUCUUUAACAUUUUUGUUUUGAAUUGCUUCUGAUUUAAACUAAUUGAUGCAAUAUUAGAAAAAGAAUUCAUAUUUGACCAUUUUCAUUAGGUAAAUGAGAAAGAAAGAGAACGCAUAAAAGCGAGACAAAAAAUGUUUGAGGAAGGUUUAGCAAUUCGUACGAAAGUCGCAAUGCGUAAGAAAAAUCUCCGCGAUGCGAUGGAAAGGAAAUGUGAUGAAAUGAGGAGCAGUAAAGUAUCUGAAAUAUACAUUAAUGAAGUGAAACGAAUGAUCGAGAAUAUACAAUAA